UUGAGUUCAAAAGACAAUUACAGCUGUGUUUUCUGUAAUCUGGUGGGAGGCAUCAUGGAGAGAACUGUGGUGCAAAUCACCCUCACUGGGCUGCUGCUGGCUUUGGCCUCCACACUGCCAAACAAGGAUGACUGGGACAUCUACAGCUUUCAUAUCAACUCCACAGUGACCAGUCGUUAUGCCACCACUGUCAUCACAAGCCGUGUGGUCAAUCGUAUGAACGAGUCAAAGGAAAUUGAAUUCCAUGUUCGGAUUCCCAAAAAUGCUUUCAUCAGUAAAUUUCGAAUGUUUAUCGAUGGCCAAGUUUAUGAGGGUGUUGUAAAAGCUAAGGAGCAAGCUCAACAGCAGUACUCUGAAGCUGUGUCCCGUGGUGAAAGCGCUGGGCUUGUGAGUUCUGUAGGGAGGACCCUGGAGGAAUUUAAGACCUCUGUAACUGUGGCUGCUCACAAAAAGGUCACAUUUGAACUCACAUAUGAGGAACUGAUGAAACGCACCCAUGGCAAAUACGAGCUGCAAAUCCAUGCUCGACCCAUGCAGCCUGUCAGAGACUUCAAGGUGGAUGUGUACAUUCACGAGGAAGCUGGCAUCAGUUUCAUUGAUGUGAAAGGAGGACUAAGCACCAAAGCCCUAGCUAAUGCCAUCACCAAAACACAUGCAGAUAAACAGGCAUGGGUGUAUUUCUAUCCAACAGCUGACCAACAGAAAAUGUGUGACAGCUGUGGAGAUCAGGGUAUGAAUGGAGAUCUGGUUAUUGUUUAUGAUGUCAGCAGGGAUAAUGGACUGGGAGAAAUCAAGAAAUCUGCUGGGUACUUUGUUCAUCACUUUGCUCCAUCCAAUCUUCCCAGAAUACCAAAAAAUGUUGUCUUUCUUAUUGAUCAAAGUGGCUCAAUGUAUGGCAAAAAAAUGCAACAGACUAGGACCGCAUUAAUCCACAUUUUGAAUGACCUGGCAGAAGAUGACCACUUUGGUCUGAUCACUUUUGAUGGCAACAUUUUUCACUGGAAACAGGAACUUGUUCAGGCCAACAGCAAAAACCUGGAAAGUGCCAAAACAUUUGCACGCAAUAUCCAAGACAGAGGCUCCACAGACAUAAAUCAAGCAGUUUUGCAAGGAGCAAAUAUGCUGAAUGUACAUCACAGAGAAGGUUCAGCAUCUAUCCUCAUACUUCUCACAGAUGGAGACCCAACCUCAGGGGAGACAAAUCUGGAAAAAAUACAGUCAAAUGUAAAACAGGCUAUUGCAGGAAAAUUCCCAUUGUACUGUCUGGGUUUUGGAUUUGAUGUUAAUUUUGAGUUCCUUGAGAAAAUGUCACUGCAAAAUAAUGGUGUGGCAAGGCGGAUUUAUGAAGACUCUGAUGCUGAUUUACAGCUUAAGGGUUUCUAUGAAGAGGUGGCAACUCCUCUAUUGACAGAUGUGACAUUGGUCUAUGUGGGUGGGACCAAUUUAACCCAGACUAACUUCAGUCAGUAUUAUAAUGGUUCUGAGAUUGUGGUGGCCGGUCAGAUCACAGAAAAUGACACUGAAACCUUCAUCCCACAAGUUGUGGCCAUUUCGAAUAACAGAAGGGUAACAUUCUUUAACACAAAUGACGCUGUGAAAUCCAUUGGAAGAAUGUCUCAUGACCAUAUCCAGAGGGUUUGGGCCUAUCUCACAGUUAAACAACUUCUGGACAAAGAGCUUAAGUUAUCUGGACCUGAGAAAGAGACAGCAAAGAACGAGGCCUUGGAGCUGUCACUGAAAUACAGCUUUGUGACCCCUCUCACAUCCAUGGUGGUCACGAAGCCCCUGGGAGAAAGUAUUGAUGUGCUUCAUAAACCCAAGGAAGGUGAAACACCACAGAGAGGGCAGCCUCCUGUAGAUCAACCCAAAAGCCAAAAAACUUCUUCUAGUGGCUACUUUCCAGGAGUUUGGCUCCCUCUAGAAGCUUACGCUAACUUCUAUGCAGAAGAAGAUGAAGAUUUUUUCUAUGAUUCCAUCAACCUAUCUGCUCCAUCUGAAGCUUUUGAGAAAGGAACUGAUGGGCUACACUCUAUCUCUGUCUCUGUAUCUCUAGGUCCUUUUUUCCACAGGUUUUUGCUGAAAGCUGAGAAUCAGACUAUUCCACUGUGCUUUGAUGUGAGUGGCGCUGUACUCCUUAAACUACUACACCAUUCCAGUAGGGAGCUGUUUGUGAAUGGUGAGCUUGAUUCAGUUGCAAAUGGAGGCUUCAGCAGAAUUGUAAUACACUUCAAAACUGACCAACAUGUUGAGAUUGGCACCAUGGGGGUCACUGUACGAGAUGGACAGACAGUGACACAUCACACUGGGCAGGAUCCCAUCACAACUGGAAGUGUGACAGUGAUAAUACGCAACAAGGAAAUAGACAUUGCAGCUGGAGACAUGCGCCUGGUCGUCUUAGUCCAUGAGAAAAAUGGUGAAAAAUUCCUUUGGCCAGUUUUAAGACAGCAUCCCUCAACCAACAACACUGAAGGACUUUUAGCUCUAAAACCAGCAGUUUAUGAGGAGGUACAGCAAGUUCCUGUCACAAAGCUAAAGAUUAAAAGCCAGGAGAUAGAUGUUACUAGUGACAGCACUGUUGACUAUACUGUUUCCCCUCCACCCACAAUGAACUGCUGGCUUAUGUCUGCCAAGUCUGCCCUGCAAAGACCGCUGGACGAUUUUUACGUUGCACAACUGUGAACUAUGUUGAACAUUUUUAGAUCGUGGAAAAUGUAAUUUCAAAGACAGUGUCUCCAUGUAUCUUUAACUUUAAUUUGUCAAAACUGUGGCCUAUCACUAAUGAAAGAUUGUUUUGGGAACAACGUCCUGGUUAAGUGCACAG